AGACCUACUCCUACUAGGCCUUGCCUGAUCCACAAAUGUACAAAAUUAUGAGGUUAGGGUUCUACUAUAAAUAGGCAUUUUAGCAGCAACAAAGAUUUAUUUAUAGCAAAAUAUUACACAGCAAUGGCAUUGACACCGUCCCUCAUCUUCUGCCUGCCCCGUAUGAACCCCAAGCAAAUAAUUCUCGCUAGCAAUACUCGUCUUCCAAAAGUUGAAUCUGACCCUCGUUCUUUCAAGACUACUUGCCACAUCUGCUGUGCUGUGUCGACCACUCAAGUUUCUGUUUCUGAUCAGCCAAAAGAUGAAAGACGUUCAGCAAAUUACCAGCCUACUAUUUGGAGCUACGAUUUCCUUCAGUCCUUAAAGAAUGAUCAUGCCGAUAUCGUAUACAAAGACAGAGCAGCAAAGUUAGAGCAGGAAUUGAGGUUUUCUAUUAAUGAUGAAGAUGCAGAGUCAUUGAACUUGCUUGAACUGAUCGAUGACAUUCAACGGUUGGGGUUGGGGCAUCGUUUUGAGAUGGAUAUCAGUAGAGCCCUUGAGAAAUUUGUGUCUUUAGAAGAGAGUGGUGUUGCAGCAGAGAAUAGUCUGCAUGAAGCAGCUCUACGAUUCAGACUCCUCAGGCAACACGGCUAUGAGAUCUCUCAAGAUGUCUUUAAAGCUUUCAAGGACCAUAAGGGAAAUUUCAAGGCAUGCCUCUGCAAGGAUGUCAAAGGAAUGUUGAGUUUGUAUGAAGCUUCAAGGCUUGCAUUUGAAGGAGAGGAUCUUAUGGAUGAAGCCUUCAUGUUUACACGAAUGCAUCUCACGGAUCUACAGGGUAAUCAGGAAGAAGUUUUAUCAGAACUGGUGGCCCACGCUCUGGAGCUCCCGCUGCAUCGAAGAAUGCUCAGGCUGGAAGCUCGGUGGUACAUCGAAGCUUACAGCAAAAGGGCAGCUGCAAAACUUAAGCUACUUGAAUUGGCUAAGCUGGAUUUCAACAUGGUGCAGUCAACACUCCAAGCAGAUCUUAAAGACAUGUCAAGAUGGUGGAUGGAAAUGGGGCUAGCGAGGAAGUUGAAUUUCACAAGGGACAGGCUCGUGGAAUGCUUCUUUUGGACUGUUGGAAUUGUUUCUGAACCUCAAUUCAGCCAUUGCCGAAAAGGUCUAACCAAAGUGGCUUCCCUGAUAACCACAAUCGAUGAUGUUUACGAUGUUUAUGGCACUAUGGACGAACUAGAGCUCUUUACUGACGCUGUUCAAAGAUGGGAUGUCAGUGCUGCGCAAAAUCUUCCAGACUAUAUGAAGCUAUGUUUUCUUGCACUUCAUAAUUCUGUAAAUGAGAUGGCUUAUGACGCUCUUAGAGACCAUGGAGAACAUAUCCUUCCAUACUUGACAAAAGCGUGGGCUGAUUUAUGCAAAGCAUUCCUAAAAGAAGCAAAAUGGGCACACAGCAAACACAUUCCAACAUUCCAAGACUAUCUUGAAAAUGCAUGGGUGUCAGUGUCCGGGCAUCUUUUUCUAGUCCACACCUACUUUUUACAGAGUCCAAAUAUCACCAGUCAGGCACUUGACAGCUUGGAAAAUUACCAUGAUCUUCUUAGAUGGCCAUCCCUUAUUUUUCGACUUUGCAAUGAUUUAGGCACUUCAAAGGAUGAGUUAGAGAGAGGUGAAAGUGCAAACUCGAUAACAUGCUACAUGAAGGAAACAGGUUGCUUGGAAGCAGUGGCUCGCCAACACGUGAGUGAUCUGAUUGACAAAUCCUGGAAGAAAAUGAACAGAUGCCAAAUUGAUGGUUCCCCAUUUGCAAACCAUUUUGUAGAAACAGCUAUUAAUCUGGCUCGGAUAUCCCAGUGCACAUAUCAGCAUGGAGAUGCACAUGGAUGUCCAGAUAAUCGAUCUAAGAAUCGAGUUGUAUCAUUGAUUGUUGAGCCUAUUUCUAUCAAGGAGAAGGCAAUUUCAUAAGUUGUGCCUAUUUCUUCGUGAAAGCAUUUUUUUUUUUAACAUGUAAAACGUACUUAAUAUUUUUUUUUCCGUGAUGUGAAAGAGAUGUUCGGAUAACGACAUUUCAUUGAAAAGUAUUGGAUCAUUUUAUUCUUGGCAUAAUUACAACUCAAAUAGGGGAUUUUUCUCAUGCUCCAAACCUUCUUACUUUUACUUGAAUUAUGCCUAAAUGAUUCUGGAAAUCAACCUGAAAAUGGUGAUGAUGACCCAAAAGAAUUCAAUAAAAGUAUCACAUUAUUG